AUGCCUCCCGUGUUUCCGAACGGCUGGAUUCCAGUUGGCCUUUCUUCCGAGGUUGAACCAAACAAGGUUAUAUCUCUGAGUGUCAUGGGACUCGAGCUGGUCGCGUUCCGGACCAAAGACGGCGCGGCUCGAGUGAUGGACGCCUACUGCCCCCACCUCGGUGCCAACCUGGGCGUAAUGGGCCGCGUGGUGGAGGACUGCAUCGAGUGUCCCUUCCACGGCUGGAGGUUCAGAGGAGUGGACGGGGUCUGCGCUUACGUGCCUUAUUCCAGCAAAACGCCCGAGUUUGCGAAGGUCAAGACGUGGCAGGUCACGGAAGUGUACGGGCUGGUACUCGUGUGGUACCACGCGGAUGGCGAAGAUCCAACCUGGGACAUGGUCGAGGAAGAGAGCUGUCCAAUCGGCCGACGGAAGCGAACUGGACUCUGGGAAAGACGGGUCUACGCCCACAUUCAGGACAUCGCGGAAAACGGAGCUGACGCCAGUCACUUCAACCACCUGCACAAGGCCUCGACCUUCGUCGGGCCUGAGCAGUACUCCCGCGUCUCAGGCGACUCAUGGGCAUGCCGCGUUCUGUCGUUCGAAUACGAUGUCAAGUGGAACGAGUGCGGUGUCAAGACCACAGCCACCACUGACCUGCAUAUCAAACUAUUUGGAAGAAAGUGUUUCACGUAUCAGAUAUAUUUCUGGCAGUUGGGGCCAGCCGUAAACGUCGUGAGGGCCAAGGGUGUUUACGGCGAUCUUCUGUACGUUCUCUCCUUCACUCCGCAAGGGCCACUUGACUUGCGUAUAGCCAUUCAGACUUUUGGAGACACCAGUCUUUUGUGGCCAGCGCGGAAGUUUAUGGAGAGUGCAACGGGAAUCAUGGUCAGAAACGGAACCCCGAAAGUGGUACACGAGGACAGCAAAGUAACAGGCCAGAACGGGGAGAAAGCAGUCAGGGUAGAAGAUGAAAGGAAACAGAAACUGAGGAAGUGA